AUGGAAUCCUACCCCCUCAUCCCCUCCGCUCAAAAGGAGAGCAACAAGGAGUUCAAUCAGCGACAUCCCACCACGCGAGAUGGAACCGGACGGUUGGAUGGCCAGAGCAGAGUGCUCCUUUGGCCCUUGAUCGUCAUCGCGGGGCAGUCCAUCCUGCUCGCUUUCGCGUUCAGCUUCUUCUUCCUGGUCCAGAAGUCCGGCCAAGUUCCCUUGCCGCUGGGGCUCAAGCCCGUCAUGGACAAUCACCUUACAAGAACUUAUCUGGUGACGCUGAUUUCGACUGCACUUGCAGCGAUAUCAUCCUUCCUCUUUGCGCGAUCAAUCCAACAUACCCUCGUUGCGCAACUCUCGCUCCCGAGCAAGGGACUGAAGAUCUCGUCGCUCGAGAACGCACUGACGGUUUCCGCUCAGUCUCUCAGUCUUGCCUUCAAGGGCUGGUGGACGAUCUUCAUGAUUGUAGUUUUCUUUGCGGGUAUCGGUCAGACAGCAGGUUGGAACGCACUCCUGACGCCAACGAAUAUCAUCGUCUCCACUCCGAUAUUCGGGAGAGAGAUCGAUUUGAGCAGUCCCACUCUGCAGGCUGAAUUCGUGCAAGUGUGGGAGAAGACUUUGGUCUUUUACGGUACGAACCAACCUGGAAUCUGCCCUCCUCUCUCUUGUCGACAUGAGCGGCUCAAUGAGCGCGCUGGGCCGGGUCGGAUACCCGAGUAUGAUCGACUACCAGUUCUACACGUUUUUGAGCUCGACCAGUUGAGCGGGAUACAACCGAUAGGGUUACGAUUCAACCCCGACUUGGAGAGCGGGAUCGAGGGUGCGACUGGGGUUAUGUACAACACCGAACCGUUGCCGCCCUUCUGGACUGCCCUGAACAUGACUAUGGAGCAACAGGGUGUUUCCGGCGCCGUGUCCUGCCGGUCUGAGAUCCUGAGUUCGACUUCGACUCCGUCGCUUUUGGUGGUCACUCAACCGUUCCCACUCACCGUCGGGGGCUCCGUAUAUAAUGAUUCUAUAACCAAUGUUUCAAGUUCAUGUGACGGUGGUACAAUCGAAACCGUGACUCUCUCGACUUCUGGAAACGUCUUUUCUGCCCUCUUCUGUGGGAAAGAAGGGUCGUUGUCAGAAAAUUAUACAACAAUUCUGACGGGUCAGGGAACAUAUGCCUGGCCUUAUUCUACGAUUGUAUGCGACAUUUCACCUCAAAUACAAACGACGGCAACACUCUAUGAAAGCCCUGGGUACAUUUGGACGAAAUUUGACCACUCCGCAGACCCCCCGGUCUCCACCAGCGCGAAUAUAAGCUAUUCGCUUGUCAAUGCCCUCGCGUGGGCCUUUUUGUAUGGACAGACUGAGACCCGCAACUCCGUGGCCGAUGCCGUGCAAUCGAUAUACACUAAUCAAGCCAAUCCGAACAGUACGGUUCCGUAUGAAAAGAUCUGGGAAGCGUACAUUACAGGGAUGAUUGAAUUCGUCGCAACGGCAUCCAAGAUAUAUCUCGCCAGCGGAAACAACACCGAUCCAACCCGCUUCCCGAUCGUUGCCGACGACAUCGUGCGCCCAAUACGCGGAAAUGCCACGACAGCCACAAUGGGCUGGGAGUACUCGCCUACAGGGUUCCUCAUCCUCAUCCCCACCGCGUUCUUCGCGCUCAUUAGCAUUGUCCUCGCCCUUCAGACCCUCAUCACGGAUUGGCGCGGCGGCUACCACCGCAAGUUCGACCCGAAGAGCCCCGCCUCGCUGAUUGCGGCUGCCUCUGUCGGCGGGAUGACGGAGACGUUCAGCGGACUGGAGGAUGCGGAUAUCAAAGAGGGCGCUGACAAAGUGAUUCGUCUGGGUGCAGUGUCGCAGGGGGUUUUCGGGUUCGUUGAGGUACCACUUGCCGGAAAGAUCUAAAAUGGCAGCUGUAUCCUUUGUCCGUAAUCAUGCUUAUCUACAGCGUUGCAUAUUCCACGAGUACAGCCGUCGGCGGCCAACGAGGUCUGAUGACACGCCAAUGCCCGGAUCGAGUUGCCAGCGGAUAGCCAGCGGCAGCCGUCACCAAAGCUCUGAUCUGAGCCAGCACCGUGAGCGAUGCAUCCUUGCCAGCAACAAGCUCGAAGCCUGUCCACUUGAGCUUGUAAUUGAACGGAAUGUCCGCCUGAAGGCGCUUUGCGUCAUCCGAUGGGAUGCGGAAAACCGUCCGAAACGCAGCACGCGUCACAUCUACCAGUAGCACACAUGUGACCCAGUACGCGGCCUCCGCCAGGAAGACAAGCGCGCACAAGACCCAGAGUAUGCCCUGCACCGUCCAGUAGAAGACCCAAGCCAGCCACAGAAGAGGGACCAAGCACCAGCCUGCUUCCUGCGGGGCUGGCGGUGGGGCACGUAUCGAGCCGUGGAGGAGUCCCGAGCCGUCAGGGAAGGCCACACCCGAUAAGACGGGGCCCACCCGACGCCUUGAGACGAUGGAGGCCCGAGUGCCGUCGCGGACCAUCAGAGGCAGUGAUGCGGGGUCAGGGUGCUUGGCCAUUGCUCCGACUAGCUGGAAGAUCUGUGCGCUCUCUUGGUGGUGCCGACCCCACUUAUCGGGAACGAACAUUUCGAGAUGCGUUCCAUCGAGCGUGAGCUUGUUGAGGGGAUGGGGGAGUUGGGCCAUGAGCGCAGUGAGCGUGUGGCUGAGGAUGAUCGUCUGGGAGAGGCAUGGGGUGAGAACGAGGUGCGUGACUCGUACGAAGCGCGACACCAUCAGCGAGAGAUGGAUCUGCUUCAAGUUGACUCUCAGCACGGCAGUCGUACUUAAGGUCUGGAUAUCGACGCCGGCGCGUCGCAGAUACAGCAGCGAUGCAUGGGGAAGGACAAGGCUUGAGACCUGUCGAAUGGUCCACAGCUCCGCAUCGUCCAGAAACAGGAGAAUGUCGUGGAGUAGUUCAGUGGGAAGUCGAAACAUGGUGAGAGCGAGACACAAGGCGCGCGGGAAUCACUGGUAGCAUCUUGUCGGACGACUUCAGAGGCAGCAGCCAUCGUUUGCGAUUGACAAGUACCUGGCCCAUCACGUCAAGCGGCCAUCUUUGUUUGGGCGAAUAUUCUCACGGGGCUGUGAAGGAGAAGUCAUCCUCAUACUGCUGCUGCACAGCAGGGGGUACUUGAAAUCGCACGGAUAUGGUUCUUCAAAGGAAACAGUGGGGAUCUAGCACAGUAUGCGCCACCCACUCGGGUAUUUCACGCAUGCCCGAUGGAUGGAUGGAAUCCAGUAUACUUACGGCAGCAAAAUAUUCUCACCCCUCAGCAUCACCUCAGCAUCUCUAUCCACCCUAUGCUUGUUGCGCAGGUGCCGUAUUGCAGCAUCCGUUCUCGAGACGGCUCUUCCGCAAACGUAACACCUCAGACCAGCCUGGCUCUCCCGAUGGACGGAGCAGAUGUGCCGAUU